AUGGCUGGGGCUGUAUGUCGCACGGGUAUUGACCACGCUACGGAGUGUAUCGCGUGGGUGGCGGGACCCGACGAGCACCCGACAUGGCACACCCUGUGCUGCAUGUUCGACCCAUACUCGCUCCACUCCCAGCCCCGAACGCACCUCGAUCCUACCCAAGUCCCGUCGCAGCCGCCCCUAAACGCCGACACAUUCAGGCGCAUUAUACGCGCGACGUGUCUUGUCUGUGCCGUCACUUGUCCCGACAUCCAAGCCUAUCGUCGACGAGCCGCAAAGAUCCCACAGCCUCUGACUUAUCCAACUCCGUCGGCAAUCUGGGGUCUAAUUCCGGCAUGUGCAAUUCAUCGUCCUCUGGCAUUUUGUGCUCGGUGUCUGCGCUCCGAACCCACAACGCUCGGUCUUUAUGGCUUCCCACCGCUCACACUUGCCCCCCUGGCUGCCAACGAACGCGAUAUCGAGCUCGUACGCUGGUGUGAUCUACGAACGCCUGCCGGGGCUGGAGUUCGGGCUGUGUGUGGCGCCUGUCGCCAUGAACGCAUUCGCACCGAGUUGAUUCGCGGCCGCGGGGCAAACAUGGCUCCCUGGAUGGGCAGCGGAUUCUGGGACUGGGACUAUGAAAGUGUCGACGGGUGGUCUGUCCCUUGGGAGUCCGGCCUUUCCAGACGAGAUAUCGACAAAUUGUUGCGCAGCGAAGAGAUCGUUGGCGUCGUCAAUCAAUAUGCCGAAUACGGAGACUGGACAAUUCGCGAAGCCAUCGAGGAAAUGGAAGAGCGAGUUUGGAUGCGCUGGUGGACCAAGGCCAGUGAAAUGGAAGGUCUCGUCCGUGCCACCGCCCGACUCCAACGCAUGGAAGAGCGCGCCGCCGAGCCUCUCGACACUGAUGAUGAAUCCGACGAAGAGGACGAUCUCCUUAGCCUAAGUGACGAAUUCGGUCUAAGGGAUAUGAUUUUCCAAGACUGGGCAAGAAACCGUAUUCUCGAAGGGAUUUGGCUCUCUCCUCAUAUAGACAUCAACCAGUACCACAGUGCCGCAAGUUCCAAUUCAGAAUUUCGACACCUCCCCCAGAGAUUGGCACCUCGCCAUCCGUUUGGCCAUGUCCAACGCACUCCUCCGACCUUACCCCGGGUAUUUAACUCUACGACUCUCACUGCUGUGCGAGACCCCCAGGACCAUACACGACGAAUGUACAUUCGUUGUCCCGCCAAUUUUUACCUUUCUAAUCCACCCCCUCCCGCGCGGUUGACGUACUCGUUAUCGAGAGCCUGGGAAACUGCAAUGCGCUCAAUUAUUGGACCGGCAAUUUCGAACAUUGUAGCGAGGAUAGUGAAGGAGUGUAAAUUUGCCGAAGAGGUAUUUCAAGCUGGAACCGAGCGUGGCAUAGUCGAUCCAGAUAUUGAACAAGCCCAGUCCAUGGGUAUAGACGUUGGACGUGCUCAACGAGUCGAUCUGGAAUCUAUCCGGUCUCAGUGCGUCCUCUCUCGGGGCGAACCUGACCCAUGCAAAGUCGUUUCGAGGAUCGGAGUAGACAGGCUUGUCGAGAUUUUGCGUACUCCCGAGCCAUGGGUUGAAGGUGGUGGUUGGGAAGAUGUGUACGUUGAUUGGGAAGAUGCAGAUAGCUUCCGGGAUAGGGACUCGGCGACUCCUAGUAAUUUCCGCGAGUCGAUUGCCCAUGGUAACUUCCGCGAUCAUGGCUCGGUGACGCCCAACAAUUUCCGAGACCUAGAAUCCGCGAAUAUCCCGCGCGAACGUGAGCCUUCACUGGCGCCCAGCUCGGUCGCACCCACACUGCGGGAGUCGGUUGCUCCUAGCCCACCGCCUUCGACUAUUUCGGCUCAGAGCCCACCUCCGACGAUGGCCUCAGCACAGAGCCCACGUCCCUCGACUAUCUCGGCCCCGAGCCCGACCGACCAGCGCUCGAGCCCAGUAUCAACCACACCCAGCCCCGAAGCAUUAACUAGCCCGUCGACAAUGCGCACAACCCCGAGCCCUCCGCCCAUUAUCGAUGGAAAAAGGCUCAUCAGCGAGUCGGAGAAUUAUGUUACACAUUCACACGCGGACGGCUUCGCCCACUCACAAACGGACAACUUUCACCACCCACACUCGCGCUCACACACACGCACAGGAAGUUUCACAACCUCGCCCCGCCUGCCUACCUCUCCCAUACUCAAGAAACCGCUCCAUCCCAUCCCGCUCGUUCCGAUCUCCGGGUACUACCUUGGCCAGCAGACCAAGGUCGUGUUGGAAAUGCUGUGGCGCGAGGCGACUGGGGGGUUAUGGAUGUGUCGAUGCACGAUAUGUACAAGGGCGAUGCAGGUGCAGGGUGUUCCGAGUGUUCAGCAGCACACAUAUGCAGGGUAUCAACAGACGCAGAACCAGACGUAUACAGGAAACCAACAGACCCAGCCUCAGCCUCAACCUCAGCCUCAAUCUCAGGUCGGGUAUCUAAGUGGUUGGAAUUUGGAGCCGAUGAACGUCGAGGAGCCUGAAGUCGAGGUCGAGGGUAAAGGUAAAGGUGUUGUGGGGAGAAGGAGCCGGGAGAGAGAGGAUGGUGAAGAGAGGGGCGAAAGAAAGAGGUGCAAGAUUGGGGUUGAGGUUGCGUAA